UUUUGCAGGCUGCAGCGAGAGAAGAAAGGCAGCCUUGUCCGCACCAGAGGUGGGGCGCCGGCCAGGGCGGCCACGCUCCCGCCCCGCAUUCCUCUGACAGAGACUGCUUGUGCAGGGCUGUGCAGGGGAGCCAGGACACGGGGUCUGCUGCGGGCGCCCUGCUGCACCCAACAGUCCGGGGACUGGCAGGCAUCUCCAGCACAAGGAAGCGGUGAGGAGCAGCCUGUGCCUGGUAUCGCCAGGUGCCUGCGUGCAGGCACCAUGGAAGCAUCCAGCAGGACCGUCGCCAGCCCAACCCGCAGGGUCCAGACCAUCAUCCAGAACAGCCCCCUGGACCUGAUAGACACAGGCAAGGGGCUGAAGGUGCAGACGGAGAAGCCACACUUGGUGAGCCUGGGCAGCGGCCGCCUCAGCACUGCCAUCACGCUGCUGCCCCUGGAGGAAGGGAGGACCACGAUUGGCACGGCUGCGAAGGACAUUGUCCUUCAGGGCCCUGGGCUGGCACCUGAGCACUGCUACAUCGAGAACGCACGGGGGACGCUCACCCUGCACCCCUGUGGCAAUGCCUGCACCAUCGAUGGAGUGAAGAUCCAGCGGCCCACACGCCUCACCCAAGGUUGCACCAUCUGCCUGGGCCAGGCGACCUUCCUGCGCUUCAACCAUCCUGCUGAAGCCAAGUGGAUGAAGAGCAUGAUCCCGGCAGGGGGCAGGAGCCCCGCAGCCAUCUAUGGACUGCCAGCAAAGCCCGAGGCCCUGGUGAACGGCAGCCGCCAGCUGCCCCUGCACGAGCUGGCGGCGGGGGAGUGCGCCCAGCCCAGCCACAGCUCCCUGGUGAGCUCCAUCGAGAAGGACCUGCAGGACAUCAUGGACUCACUGGUGCUGGAGGAGCCAGCGUCCCCUGGCAAGAAGCCGUCUCCCCGCGGCCAGUCCCCACUGUGCUCCAUGGUGAAUGGGGGUGGGCGCUGCCUCCUGUCCCCCCCGCUGAGCCCUGGUGCCACCUCGGGGGGCUCCAGCUAUGAGAACACCUCCCCGCCCUUCUCACCGCUCUCCUCGCCCACCAGCAGCGGUGGCUAUGCCAGCCAUUCACCCAGCAGCCAGGAGCAGGGGCCGGCCAUGCCCCCUGUCGUGCCGCUCCGUUCCUCCAGCUACAACCACACCGUGCAGCCCCCCCCGCAGCGCCUGCCGGCACUGCCCUACGGGGGCCACAGCGAGACGCGGCCAGCAGAGAGCCCCCGCGCUUGGCAGGCUGUCCCGGACAGCCCCGCGGCCCCCAUCUCCAUCGGCCUUGGGGAGCACAGGGCAGGCAGCCCCCGCGCCCAGCCAUCUGGGAGCCCCCGCCUGGCCCCCAGGACCCUGGGCUCCUCGGUGCCGCGGGCACGGGCAGCCCUGCAGGAGCGGCCCCCCAGCCCCUUCAGGGAGCCGAGGGACCCCCUAGCCCCCAGCCCUGUCCGGCAGCCCGCAGCCAGGGUUCUCCCAGACGCUGCAGGGUCAGCACAUGGCAGCCAGAGCAGCCGUGGGCUGCAGCCCCCCGAGAGCCCACGGGCAGCCCGGAGGACUGUGGAGAGCAUGCGGGAGCUGCCUCCACUGAGCCCCUCCUUGUCACGCAGGGCUGCCAGCCCCCGGGCAGCCCCGGAUGCCCCCUCCCCACAGCCCCGGCUGGGCAGAGAGGUUCCUGGGAGCCCCCGCACCAGGCGCAAGGGCCACGACGAGCUGAGCCCCGCAGCAGGGAGGAGCAGCAGGGCUGGGAGCCCCUCGUCUCCGCUGUUGGCAGAGCCAGCCCCACGCCGCCCCAGCUUUGGCUCCUGCCUGAGCCCUGCAUACAGCCUGGGCUCCCUGGCCAUGCCCUCACCCCGGCAGAGCCCCCGUGCCCAGCGGAAGCUAUCGGGGGACAUGCGGCUGCCAGCGGGUGUGCGGGAACGCAAGAACAGCAUCACCGAGAUCAGCGACAACGAGGACGACCUGCUGGAGUACCACCGGCGGCAGCGCGAGGAGCGGAUGCGGGAGCAGGAGAUGGAGCGCCUGGAGCGGCAGCGCCUGGAGACUAUCCUGAAUCUCUGUGCCGAGUACACCAAGACGGAUGGCGCGGAGCUGGGUGAUGCACCCCGGCUCCUGGCUGGGGAUGUGGAUGCUGGCCGGCAGGCGCCCAGGGGCGCUGGCACCGCAGGGCUGGGCUGUGCCCCGGAGGAGCUGGGCGUGCUGCGGCAGAGGGAGAGCCUGGAGAGGUCGGAUGAGGAGAACCUGAAAGAAGAGUGUAGCAGCACUGAGAGCACCCACCACGAGCAUGAGGAGCUGGUGGGCCCCCGGGCCAAGGAGGCACACCGGCUGGAGGAGGAGCGAGCCUGCGUGCUCAGUCGCCUGGACGAGCUGAAAGGCCAUGUCAAGGACCUGGAGCAACAGCUGCAGGAGAUGUUGCGAGAGGCGGAGAUUGAACGGGCUCUGCUGCAGGGCGAGCGGGAAUCGGAGGCGGUGCGGCUGCAGCAGGAGCAGGAGGUGGUGCAGCAGCUGCAGGAGAAGCUCUCCAGCCUGGACGCCAGCAUCCAGAAGGAGCGGGACAAGGAAGCAGAGGCCCUGGAGACGGAGACCAAGCUGUUUGAGGACCUGGAGUUCCAGCAGCUGGAGAGGGAGAGCCGGCUCGAGGAGGAGCGUGAGACACAGAGCCAGCAGCUGCUGCAGAGCAGGGCUGAGUACCAUCGCAGCAUUGCCCACAGGAAGGACCGGGUGGCUGCCCUGGAUGCUCAGGCUGCCCAGAUCCAUCUGCAGAGCGCCCAGGAGGCUGAACGCCUGGCCAAGGAGAGGAACAACAUCCUGCAGCUCCUGCAGAAGGAGAACGAGAAGCUUGUGUCUCUGGAGAGGCGAUACCAGCUCGUCACAGGUGGCAGGAGCUUCCCCAAGAUGUCAUCAGCACUCAAAGAGGAAACCCUCCAAAUCUCAGAGUCUUAUGAGCUGUUAGAGGGAACUAAGCCCCUGAGCCCCCUGCCAGGAGCAGCUGCCUCCUUAGCUUCUCCUUCUGCCCACUCCUACCCCAAGACACAAGAGGUCUAUCGUGCCAAAAUGGAGGGCGACACCGGUGCGCUCCCCCCUCGGAUGAAGAGCAGCACCCCGUCAUCCUCGCAGCUCAAUAUCUCCAUGCUGGGGCGCAGCCCCUCACCCAAGGGCCCCCCGCACGCCCAGAGCCACGCAGGCAGCUUGCCACGCAACCUGGCGGCCAUGCUGCAGGACAUUGAGACCAAGCGCCAGCUGGCCCUGCAGCAGAAGGCCGACCCACUCUCAGCAGAGCCCUUGCAGCCAGGCGAUGUACCAGGUCAGCAGGUGAUCGAGGAGCAGAAGCGGCGCCUGGCAGAGCUGAAGCAGAAAGCGGCAGCUGAGGCUCAGUCACAGUGGGAAGCCCUGCACGGGCAACCUCCCUUCCCCACCUCCUACCCCCCACUCAUGCAUCACUCCAUCCUCCAUCACCACCAUGCCCACAGCGUGGGGCCCCGGGCUGAGGAGCUGGACCACGCGUAUGACACCCUCAGCCUGGAGAGCUCGGACAGCAUGGAGACCAGCAUCUCCACAGGCAACAACUCGGCCUGCUCACCCGAUAACGUGUCCAGCGCAAGCGGGAUGGACACAGGAAAGAUCGAGGAGAUGGAGAAGAUGCUGAAGGAGGCACACGCCGAGAAGUCGCGGCUCAUGGAGUCCCGGGAACGGGAGAUAGAGCUGCGGCGGCAGGCGCUGGAGGAUGAGCGCCGGCGCCGGGAGCAGCUGGAGCGCCGGCUGCAGGACGAGACCACGCGCCGGCAGAAGCUAGUGGAGAAGGAGGUCAAGCUGCGGGAGAAGCACUUCUCACAGGCUCGACCCCUGACACGGUACCUCCCCAUCCGCAAGGAGGAUUUUGACCUGCGGCUGCACAUCGAGUCCUCAGGACACAGCGUGGACACCUGCUACCAUGUCAUCCUGACGGAGAAGAUGUGCAAGGGCUACCUGGUUAAGAUGGGGGGCAAGAUAAAGUCUUGGAAGAAACGCUGGUUUGUCUUCGACCGGAUGAAGCGCACAGUCUCCUACUAUGUGGAUAAACACGAGACAAAGCUGAAGGGCGUCAUCUACUUUCAAGCCAUCGAAGAGGUUUACUACGACCACCUCCGCAGCGCUGCUAAGAGCCCCAACCCGGCGCUGACGUUCUGCGUGAAGACCCACGACCGCCUGUACUACGUGGUGGCCCCGUCGGCCGAGGCCAUGCGCAUCUGGAUGGACGUCAUCGUGACGGGGGCCGAGGGCUACACGCAGUUCAUGAGCUGAGGGACGGGGGGUGCUGGGGGCUGCGGGCCCGCGAGGCGCUGGAGCUGUGUUUGUUUGUUUUGUUGUUUGUUUUUUAACGUUGACUUUUUAAAAACUA